CAAACCUCCGGCUGACAACUGAUCGAGACAUACAACGCACCCCGGAUCACGCCACCGGCUUAUCCUACAGGAAAGUCCAAUUCCAAACCCAUGCAAUCUCUCCUUGCCAGACUUGGACUCACAUCUUUGUUGUUUACGUUUAUUGAAUUCUUUUCUGUCCCCAUCCACCAACCUCCCGCUGGGGCGACGGCUAUGUAUGCUAUAUCCAACGGCAGCCUCAAGGGCGCGCGUUAUAACUGACUGAUAUACAAGACAGCUCGGGAAACCCGUAGCUCGAGAUGAUUACUGGGCUGAUGAGGUUGGCGUUGUGAAACGUAAAUGGGGGCAGGUGUGCGGUAAGCUCUGCUGCCAUGGCUGGAACGUAAACCGGCGACGAUGCCUUCAAAUUGGCAAAGUCGAAUUCCUCCGACAAAAAACAAUAUGUUGUCGAGUCAACCGUUGAUAGCAAUCCGGGCUAUAACAAGCAGUCACGCAAAACGUUGUGGCGGCAGUUUAACCACCGAGAAGUUGGGCCUUUUCUUCGUCCUUGGUUGCUCCAGAACCAGUCUUGAGCAACCUGUACAGACUAUGUCCUGAGAUGCUUAGGGUCAUAGCCGCGCAUGUGGCCCAGGGUAAGUACCCCAGGAGGAUCAGGUGGGCGCUCUCUCGACGUGCAUAUCCAACAAGAGCUGCAGCACCGAGAAGCGUGGUGUACACAAAUAGUUGAAGAGGAUCUUGGCUCUGUCGUCGCUGGGUAAACGAAGACACGGCGCAACCAAAGACCAGGCAUGAGAAGAGCAUCAGCCCCGGGGAUGGAUGAAAAAGGAAGUCAUCGGUGGUGGUGGUGGGUUGGUCUGCAUGCUGCUGCUGCCCUCGGUCGAUCUGGACGUCGAUUAGCUGGGGAUCAAGAGGCUGGGCUUGGCGAUGACUUGGACUGACUCUGCUGUAUCCUCGAUUGAUAUCGUUUUGAACGGUGUAUUCCCAGGUGACAACACUACAGAGAGUGCCUAAGCAGAUCUCGACAGUGUCAAUCGCCCAGGGCCAACACCCAGGGUUCCGAAGUAAGACUGUGGGUGUUUGCGAAUGAACUCUGAGAUCGUUCCCUGCCUUUCCGGUAUUUGAUGCUUCGCAUCCAUCGGACAUCACACCAAGUGCGGCUCACCAGACUCAUGCACCAGCAUCCACGCCCGAGUGGUUGCAUUCUUGUCCCUCAAUCUUAUUCCAAUCCAGUAACGAUAGGCGAGAAGUGCGCGGGCUCUGGUUCAGAGGCCUCUUCGUGAUGCCGCGUGUGCAUGAGCAGCAAGGCGACCACAUGCUGCAGGAAGAGAUGCCUCACCAUGGCGAGGCUGACCUCCAGGCAGACAGCUCUCACCGAGACUACGGGCCAAUCGCCCCCCACCAUUAUUUUGAGCCUCACCAGGCGAACCACCCCGCGCACCAUCUCAAGCAUGCGAACCGAAUUAUCUGACGCUUCAGAGAAGCUCAAAGAGGUACCGAAACGCUCCCUUUUUGUGUGCCCGCGUGGGUUUCGUCUUCAUAUCAAGGAAGUUGAGCGAGUUUGCAUGUAAGUGCAUCCAUACAUUCUUGUCGGAUUUGUUGCCAUUGGCCCCCGCAUCUUUUGGCGGCCUUACUUAUCUGCAACAUUCACUUCGACUACGUGGUGAGGCGAAGCUGCGCCAUCUACAGGUAGAGCUAGCUAUCAGAGCUUGGUAUUUGGAAUACGCUACUAAGCUCCCCUCGUAGGUGGGCGGUAAAAAGUCCAGGCCCUCCCCUUCAGGCCGUCAAGCAUUUUUCCCCCCUUCUCGUCUCUGGAUUCUAUCCAUGCGUAUACACUGCAACCAACUCGCCCCAACAUCGCCCCUUUUCUUUCUACACCACCUCGCGAUCUCGCCAGACAUUAGGCAGCAAAGGCCAUAGGAGCUUUCAACCCUCAUCCUAUUGCCACUUCUGCACGAUGGAGCGCCCCGGUUUUCCCCAUGGGCAGCUGCCUCCACGAGCGCGAGAUCAAGAUGUUCAUAGUAAGGCCAAAAUCUUGUCCUGCGGUGGCAUGAUUGGCACAUCUAUUCUUUUCCCCUUGGCCAACGGCGAAGGGAACUCCUUCCGCACCAUCACACUCAUUCUGUUCAUCAUCACGGCUAUUGCGUUCCACGCAAUCUAUACAGAGCCGUUCAUUAGAUCUGGACCUUCCACGGCCCCAGUUGCCUUGGUCCUAUUAUUGCUUGUUGUCAUUGCCGCAGGCCCUACUAGGAAGGACCUGGUGCCUUGGCUUCCGCUCUUCGUAACAGCCUGGAGUCUUGUCACUCUUAUGAUGAACAAGCACAUGGCAACCGCGUCAGCACACUUGUCAAUAUCAGCCGACUAUCCCUUUACAGGCGUCACAAUUAGAGCUGAAACGGAGCGGUCCUUCCAGUCCAUGUCCAGUCAGGACAGGCGCCAGCCCCAGUUUGAAUCCAACCGCCAAAACCCAUUGUACUUUGGACGACAUGGUCCACCCUCCAGGUAUUCCCAGAGGACAAGCACAAUGAGCUCAGACAUUUCUCUUUCCAGCAUGCCAGCGCAACGCCAGGAGCACUGGGAUCCUCACACCCAGGCCUUUUUUGACAACCAGGAGAUGCAGGAACUUGCCCGGGAUUUGCCAGAGCCCACUCUUCCCAGGACUCAGCAUGACCAAGAGAGUGACUUGAACACAGAAACUGAGACCCAGGCGUCAGAGACGGCCCGCUUCUUGCUUGGUCGUCAAUAAACAGCCGCGUGCUCUGUUUAGUCACAGCUUGUUUAUCUCUUUGGUUUCCUUCUUUGCUUCUUCUCCGUUUCUACAUUCUUCACGCCAGGUCCGGGCCGGUUUUACCUACCCUGGCAAUCCACACCGUCCGCUGGAAUCAACCGGAUGGAUAUACAAAUAAUGAUACCUUGAACACAAGGCCAAGGACACAGCAACACUUUCAUCCCCGAGGCCUAUCAUCCCUUUCACUUCACGGACGGCACGAUCAUCGACAUAUUUGUGGGAUGUACUAAAAGCUGUCCCACCAACCCACACCUUCUGAAGUUUGCCGGGUCUUUUCCUGUACUCGGGCUCUUCCUUGCACGAUAGAUUGGGUGGCUUUGUCAUAUCCUUCCUCUCUCGCCGUCUCAACCAUCACCAUCCCGCACACGUACAUGCACAUGGCACAUAGGGUCCGACACCCGAACAUAUCACCAUAUUGCCUAUACAACUGGUUCCGGUGUUAGAGUACGACGACGAGCGUUUUUCUGUUGCAUAGGAGGUAGCCAUGAUUUCUUGUCCCUUGAGCGAUAUCAUUCCCCCCAUUUUUUUUCAUUUACGGUGUUGCCUCUACAUAGAGAGCAUGGGCGGGAACCACAGCCAUGCGGGAUCAUUUAUUAUACGUUUUGAGGGAAAGGGAACAUUUCAGUUUUUCUUUUCAUCAACAUCAUCAACAUCAUCAUCAACAGCGAGCGGCACCCCAAACAAAUAACAACAACAAAAG